UGCGGACACCAUAGUGCAGCAGCCUACAGCCGAAUUACAACUAGACUGGCCUUGGUCACGGAAAAGGACAACACGGCAUGGCUUCCACGUCGAGAUAUCUCGGCCAUCGCGCACUUCGAUCGCUUUUGUCGAGAACUGCUGCGGAGUCGUUGGGAACACAAACGAGGCCGGCCCUGCGAGGUGCAGCAGCAGCACAAACUCGCCGCUUUCAAGUGGCAUCAUCAGCAGGCACCUCGUCAGCAGCAACAGAGCGUCCGCUGCUGGGCCGCAACCAUCCGAGAAGUCGCUCCCCCUGGCUCUCCCAGCAGUCCCGAAGUUUUUUCAUCCAGACGGAGCCAACGCCCAACCCCAACUCCCUCAAGUUCCUGCCGGGCCGACCUGUGCUUCCCGCGGAACACGGAACGGGUGUGUACUUCACCCCCAAUGAUAAGGAGAAGAGCCAGAGUCCUUUGGCGGUCGCUCUACUGAGCUUGGAAGGUGUCACCGGCGUCUUUCUCGGAACCGACUAUAUCACCAUUUCCAAGAAUGACGAGGGCAGCUGGACCCUCAUGAAGCCGGUUGUGUUCGGCGAGAUCAUGGACUUUUUCGCAGAGGGCAAGCCGGUCAUGCUGGCCGAGCCGGUGGUCACCGACACGACCAUUCUCGACGAUGACGACGAAGUGGUGGCCAUGAUCAAGGAGCUCUUGCAGGAGCGGGUGAGACCGGCGGUACAGGAGGACGGAGGAGACAUCUUCUACAGGGGCUUCGACCCGAACACGGGCACCGUCAACGUGCAGCUCGCCGGCUCCUGCGUCGGCUGCCCGAGCUCCACCGUGACGCUCAAGAACGGGGUGGAGAAGAUGCUGAUGCACUACAUCCCAGAGGUGAUGGCGGUCAACGCCGUCGAGGACGAGGAGCUGAAAGAGGUCAACCAGAAGGAGGUCAACGAGCUGGAGGACCGGCUCAAGGCAGCAGGGGUGCCCUUCGAACCAUGACCCCAUUCGCCGAGCAGAGAACCAACAGCGGCAGUCCUCGAGAACGCCACGUGGUUUGUCCCCCCGGACACCUCGCUAUGGACAGGCCGGUCGUUGUUAUCUUUUGGGUUCGUCGUUUAGCUUCCCCAAUAGCCGCUCGCUAUCGACAAGCCGGUCGUUGUUGUUCCUUUGGGCUCCUCAUCGUGGUGGUAAACGAGUGUCUUACCCGUGAGGCUGCUCGGUACGCAAAAGCAAGGCAGCGCUCAGUGCUACGGACGGUGCCACGAGGCGCCGGGUGCCCUGGCCAAACCGGAGGACGGUGCUGGUACGGAAUCGGUACCACGACAUCGUCGGGGGGGGACGGGGCGAGUACCGGACCAGGAGUGCUUGCUGAUGUCUGUCGAAAUUUGGACGGCGUUGUCAGCGAACGGGGCUGACAGCUUGCCUGUUGAUCGGAAAAGCGUUGAGAGUUUCGAUCGGAAGAAAACGUAGCACCUCUUGUCGUGAUAUGGGACAGGGAGUGGCGCUUCCUCCGCCCGUUGCCUUGGGGGGCAGCGAGCCCUCCCUUUGCUUCUUUUAAGUUGUUAUCCAUCCAAAGUCUCCGUGCGUCGUGACGUUUGGAGAGCAGACAGCACACCAAUCCCCACGGAGACACGUGCCUGCUCUACGGUAUGGAAUACCGCGAGAUGUGGAACGAACACGCCUCUUCGCCAGGGGGUUGCUUUUGGAGUCGGUGGCGUGUUUGUUGCUUCGUGUGACGGGAGCAAACACUGAUGGCGCACUUGUUCAAGGCGGUUGCGGAAAAGGUUGGUUCGGUGUAUCGUGACAACCAGACGGUGCUAUUCGGUACCACCAUUUGCUCGGGAAAGUAGGCGUUUACAUGGGGCGUGAGUUUUGUUGUUUUCAGGGUUAGGGUGGAGUAUUAGCGAUUGUGAGGUUUUCGGGUUGGGUGGGGGUGUUCUGUUGCUGCCUGUCCAUCACGGGUGGAUUUUACUGUUUGCUACCGUCGGACCUCGUGCCCGCACGGCGAGGCGGGCAUCCUAAACGUGUUCGUUCUUGUUGUCGUCGAUCUGAUGAGUCGGUGGUUCUCGUUCUUCUCUGUUGACGCCCGGAUGAGGAAAAUUUUGAAUUACGCAAGCCUGGGGCUAAGCGUCAAUAAAGGCAUGAACGAACUAGGUGCGACAGCAAGAGAUGAUGUUUCAGCUGUCUACUACUGCCGUCAUACGUAAUAUGUAGCUCUUGGUGUUGCCGGAGCACGACUCGAACGUAGACCCGGUUUCCCCGUAAACGAUUCCUCGUUUCCUACUUGCCCCCCCCCCCGCAUUCCCC